AUGGGUAUCCCCAAAUUUUUCAGGUGGAUCUCGGAGAGGUAUCCUCUUACCUCCCAGCUGAUCACUCCCAACUCCAUUCCCACUUUCGACAAUCUUUACUUGGACAUGAAUGGUAUCAUCCACAACUGCUCCCACCCUCCCUCCUCGGAAAAUGACCCCCAUUUCCGUAUAACGGAAGAACAAAUGAUCAUCGCUAUUUUCGCGUAUAUCGACCACCUAUUCACCAAAAUCAAACCCCAGAAAGUAUUCUUCAUGGCCAUCGACGGCUGUGCGCCUCGAGCCAAGAUGAACCAGCAACGAAGUCGACGAUUCCGAACGGCGCGGGACGCCAGGGAGCAGCGGCUCCAGGCAGAGAAGAACGGUGAAAAGCUCCCAGAGGAAAAGGCUUUCGACUCGAAUGCCAUUACGCCCGGUACGCCAUUCAUGGCGAGGCUCUCUGAGCACUUGAAGUAUUACGUUAGAAAGAGAAUAUCUGAAGAUGCCGACUGGCGAAACAUCAAGGUCAUCUUUAGUGGACACGAUGUUCCCGGAGAAGGCGAACACAAGAUUCAAGAGUUUAUUCGAUUGAACAAGGCUCAGCCAGACUACAACCCAAACACUAGGCACUGUCUUUACGGACUCGAUGCCGAUCUGAUCAUGUUGGGCCUUUUGAGCCACGACCCCCACUUUUGUUUGCUGCGUGAGGAAGUUGUCUUUGGCCGCAAGUCCAAGAAGAACACCGAACUCGCGAACGCAAACUUUUUCCUUCUCCAUAUCUCGCUUCUGAGAGAGUACCUCAACCUAGAGUUCUCGUCGCUCCAGCACGAGAUCCCAUUCGAGUACGACUUGGAGCGUAUCAUUGAUGAUUUCAUCUUGAUGGCCAUCUUUGUCGGAAACGACUUUUUGCCUCAUUUGCCCGACCAGCACAUCAACGAGGGUGCGCUGGAAAGGAUCUGGGGAUACUACAAGGAAUUGUUGCCCACUAUUGAUGGGUACCUCAACGAGCACGGGACAAUCUCUUUGCCCAGGUUGCAGCUCUUGCUUGAUAAACUCGCCGCGUACGAGACCAUGAAAUUCGAAGAAGACCUCCAAGGUCAAGUGCAUUACUCUGGUAAUCACACCAAAGACACUGUUGCUAUAGAAAAGGCACGAAAGAAGGGAAAGAAGGGCAAAACAGUGAUUACAAAGUACCAGAAAAAGAUACUCGACCAAAUUCGCACAUUUGUGCAACAACAUCAAAAGAAACCCACCGAUACCAAACGCCUCACUUUGGUAGACACCAAGGACCAGCGUGACAACGCCUUCAUCCAAGAAGUUGGUGACGAGCUACACCUGCGCGUGACUUGGGAUGAAGUCGACGACUAUGGACAGAACGUGAUUGCCCUCACAUUCGACAUGGAGGGCGUCAGCCAGAACGGUAGCGCAAAGGGUGAAAACGAUAGCGAAGAAUCGGAAACCGACGAGGAAGACGAAGGCACUCAGGCCAUUCAAAGGGUCUUUGCCAAGUGGAACAAGGCGGUGAUCGUCGAUACCUACCCCGAGGAAGUCGAACAGUCCAUGGACGCCAGGUUGAAGGAGGCGAUGGACAAUGUUAAAAAGACUUACUACCAUGACAAACUCGAAAUCAGCUACGAAAACCCCGCAGACAUGCACGAAAUCGUCCACCACUAUAUCGAAGGUCUUCAGUGGAUCUUAAACUACUACUACAAGGGUGUCUCUAGUUGGGGAUGGUUCUACAAGUAUCACUACUCUCCCCGAAUCACCGACCUCAAAGGCAUCGCCGACAUGAAGUUUGAAUUCGACUAUGGAAAGCCAUUCCUCCCCUUCCAGCAAUUGAUGGGUGUCCUUCCUGCCGAUUCUCAAGAGCAUGUGCCCCUCGCCUACCGAGAUCUCAUGUACGAUCCCACAUCCCCCAUCCUCGACUUUUAUCCCAAAGACUUUGAACUGGAUAUGAACGGUAAGAAGGCUGAUUGGGAGGCUGUGGUCAAGAUCCCUUUCAUCGAUCAGAACAGAUUGUUGAAAGCUAUGGCCGCUCGCGACCAUCGUCUUACCCCCGAGGAACGAAGCCGAAACCAGAGCGGUGUUCUCAGUACCCAAUUCGUCUUUGAUGGCGAAUUGGAGGAAAACUACCCCUCAUCUCUGCCCGGAAGCUUCCCCGAGCUUACCCGGUGCCACUGCAAAGCGUCACCCUUCAACCUGCCUACAUUGGGUAACGGGGUUAAUCUCAUUCUUGGUCUUCUUGACGGUGUCCACCUCGGUUCCUCUGCCCUUGCUGGAUUCCCCUCUUUGAACACCAUCCCUCACCAAGGCGCCUUGGGCUUCCAUGGCGUCGUUGUCUUCCAAAGUGAAAGCCGAAACCCGUCCAUGGUGAUCACCGUCACUGACAAGGACGAGCGACCCAAGACCACCGAGAUUGCUCGUGCCACAAUUGGCCAGAGGACCUAUCACACCUGGCCUUACCUGCAGGAAGGUCUCGUCGUGGCCGUGUCAGAUGACAUGUUCAAGUGUGAGGUACAGCAGAUGGGUCAUGUUGCCAAGAUUGUCCAGUCUCCUCAUCACGGGGCGGACGCUGUCAAGUGGAAGAGGCAGGCCGACAAUGUGGAGAGGCAUUAUGGCAGGAGGUACGGUGUCAUUACUGGACCGGUAGAGGUCUUGUUACAUAUCAGGCCACUCAAGGGCUUGAAGCAUCUCGACAACGGAGCUCUGAUCAAGGAUUACGAAGGUCCCGAGAAGGAAAUUGUACAAGCUUACCAGAUGGCUGUCUCCAACGUGGCCUUUGAGGACGAACGCUUCCUCGAACAAGGUCCACCAGACUUGAAUAUCGAGUAUCCCCCUGGAGAAAAUGUCUUUUUCCUUGGUGAUGUCAACAACAACUAUGGUUGUGCCGCCCAGGUAUCAAAGAUCAAUGACAAAACCCAGACUUUGGACAUUAUUCUCGCCUACUUUGAGGGCGAAUCGCGCGACAAUUUGGCCUUCCGCGACCUCGCAACCCAGCGUCCUUCAAGCAAAUGGUGGCCUUCUCCUACCCUCAGUCGCCGUCUGGGCAUCUCUGCUCUUGCACUCUCUCGUAUCACAUCCACGCUUCUGGUGCAACUCGAAGAUGGCUCCAAGACCAACAUCGGUCUUCCUCUCAAAUUCGAGUCUCGUGGCUUGAAGGUCCUUGGCUUUACCAAGAGAAACGACAGAGGAUGGGAGUACAGCGAGAAGGCUGCCCAAGUGCUCCAAGAAUACAAGGAAGCGUUCCCCGAGGUCUUUGCCAAGAUUGAAAACAGGAGCGGUGAUCUGGCUAAAAGUCUGGAACUUUGCCCCAGUGCGGACGACCCGGAUGGUGUCAUCAAGGCCAUGAAAAAAUGGCUCAAGGAGCGCGAUUUGGUCGAUUUCGAGACCGUUUCUCUGUUUGCCGACCAGCUUGAAAAGGAAACCUGUGAGGCGAUCGAAAAGCUUGCCGAUCAUUUGUAUGCCCACAAGGCUCAGUCUCAGCAGCAGAUCAAGAAGCAGCUCCUCAGAUCUGUUCCUCGACAAAGUCUGCUCAAGCCGGCCCAGUCCAUCUAUCGCCUCCAAGGUCAAGUGUUUGAAGUUGGUCACCGAGUCAUCAUGGUCCAAGAUCCUGCUGCUGGCGGUGUGCCCGCUGGUAUGCGAGGUGUCGUCGUCGGAUUGGGCGCCAAGUCUGUUGAUGUUAUCUGGGACACUCCGUUCAUGGGCGGCACUACCUUGCAAGGCAGAUGUUCCGAGUACCGUGGCUCAUCUGUGCCAUUCUCGUCUUGUCUCAACUUGACCAGAAGGCAGUUCAUGAUUACGGAGAGCUCGGCUCCCAAGCCUGUGAGUCAGUCGGCCUUCAAGCCUCAGUUCGGGCCUCGUCCCGCUGUGCAAGGUCCAAACUACCAGUCCUCGACUGUCGCUCGCCAGCCCCCUUCUGCGGGCAACAAGACCUUGUUUGACCCGAGCAGUGCUGUCAAGCCCGUCACCGCACGCUCCGGUGUCGCCAUCGUCGGCACCAACGGGCAUCUACACUAUGGCAACGCCGCCAAGGGUAUCAAACCCGAGGUAGAGGCCCCGCAGCACGUCAGCCAUAGAGACCAGAUCGCAAACCUGCUCGGCGGUGGAUUCAAGCUCAGCCAAGCACCUCGUCCCCAAUUCAGCCAUCCUGCGUCUUACGCCCCGGCUCAAGGUGCUGGAAUUCAUCCGCCCGGCAACGCUUUCGCCCAUCCCCCGCCUGCGUUUGCCAACCGCGGUGGACCGCCAGCUCGAGGCAGGGGCAGAGGCAGAGGCGGAUUUAACCCCGCUGUCAACCCGGCAGGCACCCAUGUGCAUACCCCUGCUGCUCCUUUCAACGGAAAUGUCGCAUCUCAAGCUGACGGUGCUGGUCGCGGCGGAGCCAGAGGGAGAGGCGGUCGAGGAAGGGGUGGAUUUGUGAGAGGCAGAGGCAGGGGUGGUGCGAAUGGGGUUGCAAAUGCGAACGGUGGCCAGUGA